GUAAACCCAGCCGCCGAUUAUCUGCCAAAAGCAGCAUCUACCAGCUCUGUAAAUAAGGUGAUUCGGACAGCGCAAGGCGGUCGUCUUCAUGUCGCGAAAGUCCACACAUGGGGAGUGGAAUCUGACGAUGAGGUUCUCGACGCUCGACAUCAGUUCAACGGUCUACCCGAUUUGAGUCGCAUACGGUCAAGCGGCCUAUCGCCACAAGCGAUUCGUCGUAACGAAAUGCAGAUGCGAGAAUCGAGGGACGAGUUCGUCGAUGAACGGCAGGCCUAUGCUCUGAGCCCGCCACAACGUCGCCGCAGUGACACCGUUGGUGCCAACUACUCAAUGCCGUCGAACGGUUACAUGGGAGAAUCCCCAGUCGGGUCGCCGUAUGCCCCUCGUCGCCAGCCAGCUCCUGCCCCCACGUCGCCAUACUCUGUACCUCAACGCCAAACUGUUGCUGCUCCAACGUCGCCGUAUUCACCCCAACGGCCUGCGCAACCGCCAGUGCCACGUCAUCAGGAGCAGCCAUUGUCACCAACAGGCACUCGCCGGGUUGAAACCAUCGUUGACUAUGAGAAAAAGAAGCAGGGACCACCAGUGGUGAAAGACGGUCACUCAAAGUUCAAGAUCACUUUGAUCGAGAACGGCGAGACGAAAAUGGAAAAAGAAGCGACACUCGAAAUACCCGAGUUUAUGAACAAGAAGGACUAUCUAUCAGAGGUCGGUCAACGCCUUCUGAGGGAUCUGCGCGAAGACGCGGACGCCGUCAGUGCUGUAACUCAUGUUGAAGUGGAGGUUGUUGAAGAUGUGACCAACAUCCUGAAGACGUACGUUAUUGGUGAACGAGCCGAUGACUAUGUGGAAGAAGAAAUGCCACAGGCGCUUCACUACGAGGCGACUGCCGACAGAACACCGUCUCCAAUUGAACAGAAGAAGGUUGAGAAAAUCUAUGUGGACACACUGACGCAUGAAGAGGAGCAAUGGCGUGAACCAGAAAAGGCCGAGAUCAAACUGAUGCAAGAAGGCUAUCACUUUGAAGGGGAAGGUGCCCUGAAGAGAACUCGUCGUUUGGAGACCGAUGACUCGCUGGAGAUUAUGGCCAAGGUCAGAUGCGCUAAUGCGUUCGCCGACUGUGACUUGAUUCGACGCGAGGACAGCUCCAACUUCACCGUUCAUAUUGCCGUUCCUCUGGUUCAGGCAAUGUCGAUGAUUCUGACCAGAAGACGUGCCCAGCGACGACAACAAGAAUUCUCGAAAGCGUUUGCUAUGGAGCAGGCCGGACAAUUUUUCGAAGAGGAAUCUUCACUAAGACGUCUUCAACGACGAGUGGAGUCUGCUGAAGAGGAGGAUUUGCAAGCACAGACAGUUCAGCUCCAAGAACAAGAAGCAGUUCUCCAGAAGGCUGUGAUAAGCGAAGUCGCUGUGGAGAAGGAAAAAAGAGUGCGAGAAAUCGAAGCCGAAGGUGGUAGCUAUGAAAUGGAGCAGCAAGGUUUGAAGUUGGUCGGCGAAGCGGUAAUUAAACGUCGUGGAAGAGCUUUUGAUUCUGAGUCUUCCGAAGAGAUCCUGCCUCCCAAGAGAAUAUUAUGGAAGAACGUGAAGCAGAAGGGGUGGAACGGUGGUUCACCUACCGUUGUGGAUCUGGUCAAAAAGGAGUCCGAUUCCUACUUCGAUGUUGUGUUUGAGACCGUCAACACUUAUGAGCCGCAAUCUAUGCAGAUCAAACGAGCGGUGAUGAAAAAGGCAUCGUGCGAGGUGAACUCCGCUUUCAUGGUUCCCAGCGAUGACUCAGAGGAAACUUCAGUAGUCAGAAAGGCGAAAUCUGUGUGGAGUGAGUCGUACUCAGGCAAGGAACUUAGUGAGCAGUACGCAAAUGUGACGGUAGCACUGCAGAAUAUUGUGAAGCAGGGAGAAAAGGACCUGGUCGCGGAGUGUAACUUAGCGGCCGUGUCUCGCUCAAAAGCUCAAGGCCGUUUUCGUGAGAUGAGAGAAGAGCAAGCGAUGAUGCUUUACGGUUUCGAAAACACCAAACCGCGAAUCGGUGAGGCAAACGUUGUGAGAAAAGAGAAAAAUCUACAUGCAGCGAGUUUCCUUACUGCAGCAGCAGAAUUUGAACACGUCACACUCACAACUGGCUUAAGCCAUUCUGGGGAGAUGCUUGGAGUUCAAAGCUCGUCGAAGACCCCGAAUACCAUCAGCGUUGCUGCAAAACUCAAUGAAAUGUCCUUGGAACAUGCGACCAGUGUGAUCUAUCUUCAAAAAAUGCCCGGAAUACAGGAUCAGAGUGCUGAUGGAGUGCUCAAAGACAAGCAUGUCAGAGGAGAAUUUUUGAGAACUCGGGCAGCUUCGGAUAGCGCGAUAACGUCUCAUCUCGCUAUAAAGAGGGAGACGUCUCUACCCUCAAUGAUAAGCAUCCAGAAAAACCUUGCUACUGCCAACACGACGUCAUCGGCAAUGCGAGCCUGGGCAUCUGAAAGUCACGCCAUUAGCUCGACACUGAUGCUCAAUAAGGGAGCUAACGUCCAGACGGCCGCCGUCAAAAUUCGCGAUCAUCAUCGACAGGAAGCCAUGACACACGUAGCCGAAUAUGGUCAAGCACAGGAACACUGCGCUGUGAUGCUGAAGAACACCGGAGGAGCACAUGGAGCGACAUCGGCCGCGAUGGCUGAAGCGGUCACAGAUUUGCGUAUACGUCGAAAAGAUGCCGCCUCCGAGGUGACUGUGUACUUCAUGUACAAGCAAGUGCUUGGCAAUUACGCUAUGGCAGCCCUUGGUCUGUAUCUUGGCGAUCGUAUACGGAAAGUACGCGAAGAGCACCUCACAAAAGAGGUGCUACAUACCUCAGAGAAGCUUUUCCAAUCGGAGAGCCUCCAAACCGAGUACACGGACGAGUUCGAGCGUAGAGAAGCAAGCCGACAUCUCGUUACAGACUUGAGAAGCGGCACAAAGGGAAUAGAGAAACAUGACAAAGAAACAAUGACGAUACAAGAACAGCAGCAAUUACAAAUUCAAACAGGCAAAUUAACAAAAUCACCAGCACAAUACGCAAGCGCAACUGCAAUCGCAAGGGAACAACAAAUUUCGCAGGCAAUGGUUUCGAUGCAGGAAAGCAAAUUUGAAGAGGAGAUCGCGACGUUCGGUAGAGUAGCUGCUCGGCAGGAGUAUGUUGGCACUGAUCGCUUGAUAGAGCAAGUUCAGACAGAAAGUGCUGUUGUGAGUGCGAAAGCUACCACUCAAGAAGACGUGGGUGCCAGUGUUGUUCAUUUAAGAUCAGAAGACUAUAUCGAGGAAUCCCGAUUAGUCAGGCCAUUGGCAGACCAUGAAGCAGCCUCACAACAAUUCAGAGAAGCCACCGAUGAGUCAGCGGUGGGCUUCUGGACCACCUCUGAUUUAGAUAUGCAAGUGGAAGGUCGAUUGCUGCAGAAAACUGCCUCGUCUCAAUCUAUUGAAAGACGGCUGGCAGCUGUGUCCGAGGAGGACACUGCAGCUGAAGCGUCUUUGGAAUGGCAGCCUAGCAAAUCUGCACAAGGUGUUUUGAAGCAGAAGGAAGAAGAAAUGAUUGCGAGAGAAUUCAAAGUUAAGAGCGGUGUACAAGAUGCGAGCAUCAUCCGGAAAGAGGAAGUUGCUCGCGGUGAUAUCACCUUGCUUGACAUCGAAAAGGAAACCGUAACUUCCCGAGCUUUCGAGUUUGGGCAAGAAAGUAGCAGUCUUCAGGGUAUGUUUGGAAAACUUAUUCCCAAACCAGAAUCGGCAGAAGAGGUCGACGUUGAUCGUGUAGCAAGUGUAACCCUUCAACAAAAGAUAGCAGUGACUGCCAGCAAAGAAAAGGAGAAAUCGCCGCAAUCGGCAUCAUUCCGCAAAAAGACUCAGUAUCUUGUUGGUAGUGCGUCCAAAGAGGAGUCAUGCAGUUUGAAAGGAGAGGUGUUGUCUCAGCAACCUCGCAGUGAAUCUAGUGAAGUGCUCGUAAUGGGCCGACACGAGGAAGCUGUCCAAAUAAAAUCGUCGGCUUCCUCUGAAAUGGAAGCAUUCGGCUUCUGGGAUACAAACGUUCCUAUCGAAGACACCUCUCGCACGCUACGCACAAAGUCCUACGAAUCCUUAGUAUUAAGCAAGAAACUGCGAGGAUCUACUGAAUCACAAACCCAGGUUUCUUCCGAAAUCACGCAAGAGGCAAAGGAGGAACGAGCGGUCAAGUGGAAACAGGCACAAAGUGCUUCUGUGGACAAGGCUUUCGGAAUUGCUGCUAAGGCCGAUGAAUUCCUAAUGAGCAAGCCAAUGACUUCUGCUGGAAGCACAGGUACGCUUCAAGAGCGCCGUGUCGCAAAGCAGAAGCAAAUGGUAAGGCAAUACAGUGACGAAAGCGCUCUGCUUUUUGGUUCAAUAGGUUCACUCACUCCCCGAACACCUGAGUCUGAAGAGAUUUCCUUAUCACUGAGUGACGUGCCUGUAUUAAGAGGUGGAGCUUUCAUGAUGGCAUCCUCUGAAGAAGUCAUACAGGCCACUGACAAAAUGAAGCGCGAUGACAGCGCAAAAUCGGCUGAGCUAUCCAGAAAGAUUGGCGCGUUUGAGAGCGCCAAGCUGAGCAGUAAAGGUAGCACGGAGUCAAAAACUGCGUUGAGCACGAUGCAUUGCUCAGAAUCCCAAGAGAGUGCCUCUGCUCAAGCAACCCUGGCAAUGGCCGUGAGGGAUGUGAUAUCUCUUAUGUCUCCUGAGAGCACCGAAGAAUUUAUAAGCUCGUUGUGGAAAACCGGUGAGGUCGAAGGUGGUACAGCAUCCGUCCAGAUAGGCGUGAAAGAAGCACUUUCCCUGAGCAAAAGUAUGCCAGCGAUUGGUCAGUUAUCCACUGACUACGCUGGCGAACUUACGAAGGAAGUGCGCGGAGAGCGUACUGCUACCUUACCAGAGAUUCCAGCCGAUGCAACGGGCAGAGCUUUUGCGAUAGAUUCUCGCGAAGAUCAUGUUGCUCUUUCAGCUACUCCAAAAUCCAUGACAAGCUCUGAGGUAUUUUCAACCACAUCACGAGAAGCCACUUUUGCCAAACUUCAAGAGUAUGGACGUGAAGCGGUCGAUUUGAAAAGUGUUGUCGGCACACUUUCUGCUCCAGUACAACCUUCUGAAGAGGCAGCUACAACUUUGCCGACCAAGGUACCAGUCUUACUCAAUUUGAGUACGAAAGCUAGCUCUGAACAUGUUGCAGAACUAUUAAAGCUGCUAAGCAAGCAUGAGCAGCUGGUUGAAAUGAGUUUGAUCAAAAAGAUUGUGCUGAAAGAAAAGGAUAAGUUGAGCGUUGGUGCAGUCCGUUCUCUAAGCACAGCCGUUUCGUUAGCUCUGGAGAAGGCAUCUGAAAGUAGCAACAUUGGUGCGACCAUUGCUGCCAGACUCCACGAAGAAUGUAAUUCAUUCAUGCACUUUGCCUCUGAAGAAUUUGUGAGCGGUACAUGGAGGACUGUAGCAGGUGUUGCUCAAGCGCAUUCGCAAUGGCCUGAACAUUUGACAGCAGUCGUUGAGCAAAAGAGCAAAGCUCCAGCUCUCAUGUCCUCUUCUGUGGAAGUCACUCUCGGUAUGAGUCCAGAAGAGACAACAUUGUACCGUAGUAGACUGCCAUUAGUGGAAUCGGUUCAGCGCUUAUUCCAUGUUGAGCUGGAAAAGGCACUAUCGGAAAUCCGUCGAAAAGAAGCGUCAGAAUCGGAAACAGCAACGAUACCAGUAUCUAUCACAGAAAAUGUCACGGGAAUGGCAAGAGAGUAUGGUAAGGCAGAGGUGCUUACUCAAGGGGUCGUCGGAACCCUACAACAGCCAGAAGAGAGCCAAGACUCUGUGGAAACAAUACAGCGCAGAUUUUCUUCAAUCCAAGCAAUAUACUCAACCAAGGCGUCAAAGGAGGAACACGCUGAACUGAUCAGAUCUUUAGAACGCUUCCAGGAUCACGAGUCCAUUGGGAAAAUCCUGAACGUGUUGAGGACUGAACAACUCAAAUUCAGCGGGUUUGCAACUCGUACUCUUCUUAAGGCUGUUGAACAGGAGUUGAGCAGGGCCCCCGACGAAGUGGAGGUCAGUUGCAAUGUAGCUGAAGCCGUAAAAACUGUGCUCUUUUUAGCGAUCAAGGAAGUCGUCGAUGAAAAUGCAUUUGCAAUUAUAAGAAGCUCCAAAAACACUUCUGAGGCCACUUUGGUGCUGACCUUGUCAUCCGUCGAGAGGUUAAUAGCCAAUGUUCCCGCCUAUUCGGAGCUUAGCGAAGAAGUAUCUUCGCAUUUCACACGUCCAAUGAGUAGUUCUAUAAGCUCGAUGAUUCCUGUUCAGCAUCGCAUUAACGUCGAACAGAGGUUUGGCAUCAGUGCGGACUCUUUGGCAACGACAGUGCAACGCGAAAGUUCCCAGCUUUCAUUCACAGGCACUCUGAAAGAGAAACAACGACAAGAGACAAGUGCUCAAGUGCGGGAAUUCGGCCAAGAGUCAGUGGAAGUGUUGGCAGAUUUGAUGCUUUUGGGGAAACCACCUGAACAAGAGGAAGAACUUGAGCUGAUCAGAAAGCAGCACAGUUACAUUCAAUUCCUUCACAGCGUUGAAGCUACAUCUGAAGAACACUUGAAUCUCGUUAAAUUAUUAAGUAAAUACGAUGAUGACGAAGAUGUCGCAAUUAUCAUCAGGGAUUUGGAAUCGGGACGAAUCGCCUUUAGUGGUAUUGCAACCAAAACUAUCAGCACUGCUGUCGAAAAAGAGAUUGAGCGUUCUUCACAAAGUGGUGAUAUUAGCCGAAAGGUUUCGGAAGCCUCCGCUCUGCGAUUUCAAGAUCAGUGA